AUGCUGAGGUCGCGACGCUCCGCUAGCCCCACCCGUGCCCCGCCCACAUGUCGUAGUCCUACCAGACAGCCCCCUGUGAAGGGGGGUACAUAUGACUCUGAGCUGAUGCGGGCGUUGAGAGAGAGGGACGAGCUGCAGAACAUGCUCGAGAAAUACGAACGUCACCUCUCUGAGAUGCAAGCCAACGUCAAAGUGCUCAUGGCCGACCGAGACAAAACCAGUCGGCAUUACCAGCAGGCUCAGGAAGAGAUUGCGGCAUUACGUCGGGAGGUGAUGAAGUCCAAGGCGACGCGCGGGGCCAAAAACAACGUGACGGCUCAGGCCAUCCUGAAGCGCGUGGAGGCCGAACAGGACGAAGCAGCGGCAGACCUGCACCGCAUGAGCACGGAGAGAGACAGCCUGAGAGAGAGACUGAAGAUCUCUCAGGAGACUGCCAUCAGUGAGAAGGCUCAUCUGGAACAGAGAGUGGAGGAUCUGCAGAACGCCAUCUUAACACUGGAGCAGGAGCGGGUGGAGCAGAGGAGCAGGCAUGGCCAGAUGAGGGAGACGAUGAUGGGGUUGGAAGAUGAGAUCCGUGGACUUGGUCGAAAGCUGGCUUCCACAGAGGAAGAGCUGAAUCGUGUCAGAAAUGAGUGCAGCAUUCUCAGGCUGUCAAGCAGUCAAACGGAGACUGCCCUGACUGACAGCCAGCGGAGACUGACCCACAGGAUCGGGGAGUUACAGAAGGUCCAGGAGAGAAACAAAAUGCUGGAUGAGAAGAACGACUCUUUGCUGAUGCAGGUGAACAGUCUGAGAGAAGAGGUGAGUGAGCUGAAGGGUGCUGUGUCAGAACUGGACGAACGCAGAGAUUCUCUACAAGACCAGCUGGACAGAAAGAACGACCAGCUGUGCUCAGCACACAGCCAGCUAGAUGUCAAGGAGAAAACCAUCCGGAGUCUGCAGCUCAGGACAGAGGAGCUGGAGGAAACUGUCCAAGCACUGCGAAGAGAGGCCAGUGGGCGAGAUCGAGAACUAGACGUGACGAGGAGGAAACUGUCGGACGCGGACGAGGAGCUGUCUGCGUUACGGAAGGUGAAGGACACAACGCUGAGGGAGAACACACAGUUCCGGAAUGACCUGGAGAAAGCCAGACUGGACAACCAGGCUUUGCAGCUGAAACUGGACAACACCACCCAGGAUAUAGAGGACUUGCGGAGGAAAGUGCAAGACUACGUAACUGACAUCGCCCGCACGGAAAACCUCCUAUCCACAAAGGAGCAAGAGUGCAGGGAGCUGCAGGAGAACCGGCGUCGAGCGUCGGUGCAGGCAGAGAGUUGGGAGGGCCAGGCUAAGCAGGCAGAGGCCAAGGCCAGCGAACUGCGUCUGGAGUUACAGAACGCAGACACAGACAGACGACGACUGAGGGAGAAGGUCGAGAGUCUGGAGACCAGCCUGCAGGUGGCUGUGUGCUCAGAACGAAGCUGCACCACUCAGCUGUCUGAGAUGAACCGUAGCUUACAGGACGUGGAGGAGGAGCUUAGGCAGGUCAAGAGUGAACACACACACACUCAGAGUGAUCUGGACAAGACUCGCGAACUCUGCGUCAAACUGGACGCCAGUAAAGAAGCUGUCCAACGAGAGCUGGACAGCUGCCACUCAGAGGUUGAGAUGUUGAGAAAGCAGCUGACCAGUGAGCGCUUGUCCAUGAAGAGUCUGGAGUCCCUGCUGGUGUCCACACGGGAGAAGGAACUACAGAGACAGCUCAGUCAGCAGGAGAGAGAUGCUGAGAUACAGCUACUCAGGGACAAGCUCACCGUGGCUGACAGCAAAGCGAGCACUCAGGGCCGGGAGGUUACUCAACUGAGGACCCGUGCAGCCCAGUUGGAGACAGACCUGGAUAUGACUAAAAGACAGCUCUCUGCAGAGCGCUUUGAAAGGGAGCGCGCAAUGCAGGAGUUACGUCGGCAGGGUCUCUCCUCCACUCUGUCUCCUCUCUUCUCCUCCACCUUGCGCUCCUCGUCUCCCGUACGUCGCUCACUCAGCCCACGCCAAUCCUGGUCCCCGGAACGCGCUUACCACAGUGCCCCGGACACCCUGGUCCCUGAACGCUCGUCAGAGAGGAGUGUGGCAUUCAGAGAUCUGUAUGACUGA